CCGGGGCCGGGGAGGCCGGGCCGGGCCGCGGCGGGCGGAGGGCCUCGCUGUGCGGGGCGUGGAGGUCCGUGAGCGCCAGGGCAGCGGCGGCCAAGGCAGCGAAGGGGGCUACAAGAUGGCGGACCUGGAGGCCGUGCUGGCCGACGUGAGCUACCUGAUGGCCAUGGAGAAGAGCAAGGCCACGCCGGCGGCGCGGGCCAGCAAGAAGAUCCUGCUGCCCGAGCCCAGCAUUCGUAGUGUUAUGCAGAAGUAUCUUGAAGACCGAGGGGAGGUGACCUUUGAGAAGAUUUUCUCUCAGAAGCUUGGCUACCUGCUUUUCAGAGACUUCUGCUUGAACCACAUGGAGGAGGCCAAACCCUUGGUGGAAUUCUAUGAUGAGAUUAAGAAAUAUGAGAAGUUAGACUCUGAGGAGGACCGCGCCAUCAAGAGCCGAGAGAUCUUUGAUUCAUACAUCAUGAAGGAGCUGCUGUCCUGCUCACACCCUUUUUCAAAGAGUGCCACUGAGCACGUACAGAGCCGGCUCCUGAAGAAGCAGGUACCCUCUGACCUCUUCCAGCCAUACAUUGAGGAGAUUUGCCAGAGGCUUCGGGAAGACGUGUUCCGGAAAUUCAUCGAGAGUGAAAAGUUCACUCGGUUUUGCCAGUGGAAGAAUGUGGAGCUUAACAUCCACCUGACCAUGAAUGACUUCAGUGUGCACCGAAUUAUCGGCCGCGGCGGCUUCGGGGAGGUCUACGGCUGCCGGAAAGCCGACACCGGCAAGAUGUAUGCCAUGAAGUGUCUGGAUAAAAAGCGUAUCAAGAUGAAGCAAGGGGAGACGCUGGCCCUGAACGAGCGGAUCAUGCUCUCCCUCGUCAGCACCGGGGACUGCCCCUUCAUUGUCUGCAUGUCGUACGCGUUCCACACUCCGGACAAGCUCAGUUUCAUCCUGGAUCUCAUGAAUGGGGGGGACCUGCACUACCACCUGUCCCAGCACGGGGUCUUCUCAGAGGCAGAAAUGCGCUUCUACGCUGCCGAGAUCAUCCUGGGCCUGGAGCACAUGCACAGUCGAUUCGUGGUGUACCGGGACCUAAAGCCCGCCAACAUCCUGCUGGACGAAUUUGGCCACGUGCGCAUCUCGGACCUGGGCCUGGCCUGCGACUUCUCCAAGAAGAAGCCUCACGCCAGCGUGGGCACCCACGGCUACAUGGCACCCGAGGUCCUGCAGAAGGGGGUGGCCUACGACAGCAGCGCCGACUGGUUCUCUCUGGGCUGCAUGCUCUUCAAACUGCUGAGAGGGCACAGCCCCUUCCGCCAGCACAAAACUAAGGACAAGCAUGAGAUCGACCGCAUGACGCUCACGAUGGCCGUGGAGCUCCCAGACUCCUUCUCACCAGAACUACGCUCCCUUCUGGAAGGGCUGCUUCAAAGGGAUGUCAAUCGGAGGCUGGGCUGCCUAGGCCGGGGGGCUCAGGAGGUGAAGGAGGACCCUUUCUUUAAGAGCGUGGACUGGCAGAUGGUUUUACUGCAGAAGUACCCGCCUCCCUUGAUCCCUCCUCGAGGGGAAGUGAAUGCUGCUGACGCCUUUGAUAUCGGCUCUUUCGAUGAGGAAGAUACCAAGGGGAUUAAGCUGCUAGAGAGCGACCAGGAGCUGUACCGGAACUUCCCACUCACCAUCUCGGAGCGGUGGCAGCAGGAAGUGGCUGAGACGGUCUUCGACACGGUCAACUCGGAGACUGACCGGCUGGAGGCGCGCAAGAAGGCCAAGAACAAGCAGCUGGGUCAUGAGGAUGAUUAUGCCCUCGGCAAAGACUGCAUCAUGCACGGCUACAUGUCCAAGAUGGGCAACCCCUUCCUCACCCAGUGGCAGCGGCGGUACUUCUACCUGUUCCCCAAUCGGCUUGAGUGGCGGGCCGAGGGCGAGGCGCCGCAGAGCCUCCUGACUAUGGAGGAGAUUCAGGCUGUGGAGGAGACACAGAUCAAGGAGAGGAAGUGUGUCCUGCUCAAGAUCCGGGGGGGCAAGCAGUUCAUCCUCCAGUGUGAUAGUGACCCGGAGCUGGUUCAGUGGAAAAAGGAGCUACGGGACGCCUACCGGGAAGCCCAGCAGCUGGUGCAGCGCGUCCCCAAGAUGAAGAACAAGCCUCGAUCGCCUGUGGUGGAGUUGAGCAAGAUGCCGCUGACGCAGCGGGGCAGCGCCAACGGCCUCUGACCCCCGGCACCGCCUCGCCAUCCUGCCCCUGCCCAACCUUUUAUAAACCUCUAAUUUAUUUUGUGGAAUUUUUAUUAUUUUUUCCCGCCAAGCGGAAAAGGUUUUAUUUUAUAAUUAUUGUGACUUCCCGUGGCCCAGCCUGGCCCUGUGGCAGGGGCCCGCUUGUCCCCUCCACCUCCUGUUGCCAAGGCCAUCUAGUACCACUGCUCUGACUCCCCCGCUCCCCAGCCCCUGGGGACCACCGGGUGGCCCUUUCUGUGUCUUGCUAGCAGGGACCAGGCAGGAGGCAGAGGACAGCCCAGCUCUCCCUGUUCUGCCCUCCGACGCCACCUGGGCACCUCAGCAGACUGAGCCGUGCGUGUGCCCCACACUUGUAUCUGCUAGGAGAGCCGGGGGCCGACGCCCCUCACUGCCGCUCAGGGCUUCGGCCUUGGGAGCUCGCAGGAUCGGGGGCCUCCCGGGAUCUCCGCCACAGUGCCCUGAUAGGACUGCCGCCCGAGUGCCCGUGCCCAAGUCAGGAAACCCGCCUUUGUCGCCCUCCCCCGUUUCCCCGCCCUGAAAUUCGCAGCAGCCUCUUCCCCUUCCCACACCCUCUGGGGUCACCGUGAGCCCUCCGCCGAGGGCCCUGGCGCCCCCUGCCCUCCCGACACCUCCCCCCGGCCUGGCAGGGCCUCGGAAGCUUGCCCAGAUUGUGCCAAAUGGACUGACCUCAUGCUCGUCUCAGGCUUCGCCACCCACUGCGCUGGUGAGCACAGGUUUCUGUCCCGAGUGCCCCCCCCCCCGGCAGGAUUUA